GCGCGACACUUUCUUCCGCGUUGGUGCCGCUGGGCGAGUCUGGGCCGAGUCGGCGGUGCAGGGAUCUGAGCAAGGAGUCUGAGCACGGAGGCUCUACUGACUAUUCAUCCGUACGAAGAGCUUAUUGCGGCGCCUGUCAGCAUGUCGUACGAACUGAAGAAAGUCUUUGCCAGCCUCCCCCAAAUGGAGAGGGGUGUCUCCAAGACCCUUGGAGGUGACCCCAAAGGAAACAACUUCCUCUACACCAAUGGGAAGAGUGUCAUCAUCAGGAACAUUGAUAAUCCUGCCAUCGCAGACAUUUACACGGAACACCCCCACCAGGUCACUGUAGCCAAAUACUCCCCCAGUGGCUUUUACAUUGCGUCUGCAGAUAUCUCGGGCAAGAUCCGUAUCUGGGACACCACCCAGAAGGAACAUUUGCUGAAGUAUGAGUACCAGCCUUUCUCGGGCAAGGUCAAAGACAUCGCCUGGACGGAGGACAGCAAGCGAAUCGCCAUGGUGGGGGAAGGCAGGGAAAAGUUUGGUGCCGUCUUCCUGUGGGACACUGGCUCCUCGGUGGGCGAGAUCUCCGGCCACAACAAGAUCAUCAACAGCGUGGACAUCAAGCAGACGCGGCCGUACCGCCUGGUCACCGGCAGCGAUGACAACUGCUCCGCUUUCUUCGAGGGGCCACCCUUCAAGUUCAAGUUCACCAUGAGCGAUCACAGCCGGUUCGUGAACUGUGUGCGCUUCUCUCCGGAUGGCAGCAGGUUCGCCUCCGCAGGUGCGGAUGGACAGAUUUUCCUCUAUGAUGGAAAGACGGGUGAGAAGACAGGAGCGCUGGGCGGUGCAAAGGCGCAUGACGGUGGCGUCUACGCGGUGAGUGUGCAGCGCGGCCUGCUGGGGGCGCUCCAGGCUGCCGCUGAGUGCUCACAAAAUUCCAUUGUGAUGUUGCAGGGACACAGUAAGCCCAUCCAGUCGCUGACGGCUCACAGGAAUGAGGGCCGGCCUUACAUCUACUCCGGGAGCCAUGACGGACACAUCAAUUACUGGGACGCCGAGACUGGGGAUAAUGACGGAUUCUCUGGCAAAGGGCACAGCAACCUGGUAGCCAAGAUGGUUGUGAACAAGGACGGCCAGCUGGUCACGUGCAGCAUGGACGACACUGUGCGUUUCACCGACCUGAGAAGGAAGGAGUACAGUGCUUCUGACCUGCUGAAGAUGGACUUCCAGCCCAAAUGCAUCGCAGUGGGACCAGGGGGAUAUGCUUUAGCUGUCUGCAUUGGGCAGCUGGUUCUGAUGAAAGACAAGAAGAAGUGCUUCACUCUGGAGAACCUGGGGUUUGAGCCCGAGUCGGCUGCCCUUCACCCAGGAGGCGGGACUGCAGCAGUGGGCGGAGCUGAUGGAAUGGUACAUUUGUUCUCCAUCCAAGGGAACACGCUGAAGGAUGAUGGGAAGACGAUGGAGGCCAAGGGGCCAGUUACGGACAUGGCAUACUCCAACGACGGUGCCUUCCUGGCUGUGGCAGACGAGAAGAAGGUCAUCACGGUUUUCAGCGUGGCUGACGGAUACGCCGUGAAGAAUGACUUCUAUGGGCACCAUGCCAAGGUGGUCUGCCUAGCCUGGUCCCCGGAUAACGAGCACUUUGCCAGCGGGGGCAUGGACAUGUUGGUCUACCUGUGGGCCGUCAGUGACCCAGACAGGCGGGUUAAGAUCCCAGAUGCCCACCGGCUCCACCACGUCAGCGGCCUGGCCUGGCUGGAUGAGCACACCCUAGUGACGGUCUCUCACGAUGCCAGCGUCAAGCAGUGGACUGUCAAAUUCUAAACCAGCCCCGGGGCCGGAAGUACCGUCAGGGACUAGAACUGCUGUAGAAGUCGUGGCAUUUUUACUUUAAUUUAACCCCCCACCACCAUUUCGGCCCCUCGGCUCACCCUCACCACCGUCAUCGCUAUGCAGCUCGUGCCUAAAAUGUCUUUUCCUUCACCUUAAAAGUUGUAGUGGGGUAACUUACAUGAGUGAGAUCAGAGUAAGCGGCACUUAGCGUGUCAUUCUGCGGGCUUCCCACUCCCGCUCAGUGCUUGACAUUCCAGAGGCUGUGCCCCCCCCCCCCCCCCGGCGGGGGGGGGGGGGGGGGGGGGGUCCGCCUCAUCCCACUGACUGCAGGUUGUCUAUCAUCCACAGUGGUCACACUCAGACUGGGGUUUGGGGGAAGAGAUGGAGUGAAAAGUGAAAAAGAUAUUAAAAUAAGGUUUAUGGUGGAAAUACUGUGUACUUGGUGACGCUUUGUAUGGUUUUCAGAACCGCAUAAUGCUUUUUGUAUCUCAUUCAUUGUUUCUGCAGUUUAAUGGGUAAAUGAAUAAUUAAAUAAAUGAAUAUAAAACCUUUUUGCACAAUUCGGAUGGUAUAUGCGCAUCCUGUAAUCCUGGAUUUGAAACAUAUGGCCCAAUUUUUUCUUUAAUAAAUAAAUUUUUAUGAGCCGUUA